AGCUCAAUUCGAGUUCUCUUCUUCCUUUCUCUCAACAGUAGAAACCUAAAAUUACCAAAUUUCAUCUUAAACCAAAAAAAAAUGGAUUGGGUUAGAGGUGAAACAGUAGGUCAUGGAAGCUUUGGCAAAGUCAGUUUUGCGAUACAAAGAAGCCAGAGUACUCUGGUUUCUCCAUCAAUGGUGGUUAAGUCUUCUUCCGCUUCCUCCUCAUCUACUCUGAUGAACGAGAAGAUAAUCUUGAAUGAACUUAAGGAAUGCCCACAAAUCAUCAAUUGCGUUGGUGACAGCUAUACUUACGAAAAUGGCGAAAAGCUGUACAAUGUCUUAUUGGAGUAUGCUUCUGGAGGUGCUUUGUCGGAUAAGUUAAAGAAUUCCGGUGAUCAUAGGUUGCCGGAAUUUGAAGUCAGGAAGUACGCCAAGGGGUUACUCAAAGGAAUUCAUUAUAUCCACAAGAAUGGCUAUGUUCACUGCGACAUUAAGCUUCCGAACAUUCUUUUAGGCGAAGAUGAUCAAGUCAAAAUCGCUGAUUUUGGGUUGGCAAAGAGGUCUGAAUCAACGAAAGAUGAUAAAUUGCGAUGUGAAUUGAGGGGUACUCCACUUUACAUGUCACCAGAAAUGGUGACUAGAGGCGAACAGGAAACUCCGGCUGAUAUCUGGGCACUUGGCUGUGUGGUAGCGGAAAUGGCAACUGGUAAUCCAGCGUGGAGAUGUUCAGAUAUAGCUAAAUUGUUGAUGACAAUUGGAUUGGGUGAUCAAUUGCCUGAAAUUCCUGAAAAAUUAUCGGAAGAAGGAAAAGAUUUUCUAGAAAAAUGCUUCGUGAAGGACCCGAAAAAGAGAUGGACGGCUGAGAUGCUUCUAAAACAUCCAUUUGUUGCUGAUCAAGAUGAUACUGUUUCAUUGAAUGACGAAAGAUGUUACAGUGAGACCCCCUCUACAUCUCCUAAGUGCCCAUUUGAUUUUCCAGAUUGGGUAACUAAUGACUCUGCUGAAUCCUCUGCAACAUGUUCAAUUACAUCACUUCCCUCACCGGCUAACUUCAGCGAUGGGUCAUGGUCCACAUCGCCAGCGGAAAGGAUUUGGGAAUUAGUAUGUGAACGUAAACCUGAAUCUGAAUGGUCAACUGCUGAUGGCUGGGUCAGCGUUAGAUGAUGUCAAUCUUACAGUAAAAAGAAAAAUUAGUCAUAGAUGAGUCUUAGAUUCAGAAUAGGCCAAUUUGUUCAAUUUUUUUGUACAGAUAAAUAGAUACAUGAUUUUCUAUAUGACGACGAUGGAUUGAGAUUCACCAAAAUGUAUAGUUAAAGAGUA